CUCGUCCGAGGUCGACCGCCGUCUUUUCGAGACGAAGACUAUCCGGCGUCGAUUCUGCUUACCGAAGGGCAGCCACUGAUUUUGAACUGUCGAGCUGAUCGCUCGGAGCAAGUUCAAUGGCUGAAAAACGGGUUUCCGACUGCAGUACGCUCCACCAUACUGCAGAUUGGUCCCACAUCUCGGAAUGACUCCGGUGUGUACAGAUGUGUGGCGAUGAAUUCCGUUGCGUCUGCUCUUUCGCCGCCGGUCAAGGUCACUGUGCAAUAUCUCGAUGGCUUCGAAGAGGUCGACCCGUCCGAGCAGGUGCUUUAUGCUGCAGAAGGAGGACAUUUCGUCAUCAAGAGGCCUGCGCUAAUUGCUAACAGUGAUCCGUUACCAAACACCGAAUACUCGUGGUACAAUGGCGAGACUCAGGUUAGGCUCAGUCGAUUUGGAUUUCAGUUCCUUUCA